AUGGGCCCCUGUACCGCCUCCUCAUGCUGCUGCCAGGCCCGUAAUCUGCCAUGGGCCCCCGUACCGACUCCUCAUGCUGCUGCCAGGCCCGUAAUCUGUCAUGGGCCCCUGUACCGCCUCCUCAAGCUGCUGCCAGGUCCAGAGUGUGUCAUGGGUCCCUGUAUGGCCUCCCAUUGCUGCUGUCUCCAUCGCCACACUCUGCCAUGUGCCACUUUCAGGUCUCCUCACACUGCUGGUGGGUUCCAUUUUGUCAUAGGGUGCUGUAUGGCCUCCCAUUGCUGCUGCCUCCACCGCCACACUGUGGCUCCACACUCUGGUUUUGGCCCCGUGACUGCCCAAAUGAGUGAAGUGUGCGGUGAUUCUAAGAUCGACGGCACUCAUCUGCAUGUCAUACUGACUGACAGUAUUAUUUCUCUUCCCCAGCAGACUCCAAGGGCAUUUAAAUUAAAGGUACAGUGUUCUGCACUAAUAUAA